AUGGGUUGCGCCCAGUCUAAAGUGGACAACGAGGAAUCGGUGACGAGAUGCAAGGAGCGGAAAAUCCUGAUGAAGGAGGCGGUGGCGGCGAGGAACGCCUUCGCCGCCGCCCAAUCCGGCUACGCCAUGUCUCUGAAGAACACCGGCGCCGCUCUCAGUGACUAUGCCCACGGGGAAGCGGACCCGUCCUCUCAGACGGCCAAUCUACAGCAGCAGACCCCGCUAGAUGUGGGGUCGGAGCAGCCGCCGCCGCCUCCUCCUCCUCCUCCUCCAAUUGACAAUCUCCCGCCGCCUCCGCCUCCGCUGCCGAGCUUCUCCCCUAGCCCUAGCCCUCCAAUCAAGCGCGCAAUCAGCAUGCCCGCGAUUCCCCUGAAGCGGAGGGGCCGGCGAGAUUUGGACUCCGUCGCCAUUGCUGAAGAGGACGAAGAGGAGGAAGAAGAAGAGGAAGAGGAAUUGGAUCACGGACUUCGAAACGGGAAUAGAGGUAAUAAGAACAGAGAUUCGCGAGAGCCCAGAGGUGGGGGCCCACACCCUGGGACGGUGGGACCUGGAGAUGCCCCACCGCCGGGAAAUCACCCGGUGCCGCCGAUGCCGGAAGCGAAAAGCAUGGCUUGGGAUUACUUCUUCAUGGUGGAUAGUAUGCCGGGCCCGAACCUGGAACCCGAAGACGACGACGACGAUGGGGAGGCAGAGAGGCAGAACGCGAAUGGUAAUUUUGGGGGAAAUGUCGACGUCGAUGAACCCAAGACGCCGGAGAUAACUCCGGUGAAGGCGAAGGGCAACCUGGCGGAGGAAGAGGAAGAAGAGGAAGGAGAUACUACAGCAGGGAAGCAGAUUGAGCAUUCCCAAACGGCCCCGCCGGAUUUCAUGAGAAUUGGGAAGAAGGCUGCUGCAGGGAGUGUGGAUUUGAUGCAUGUUUUAGGUCAGAUCGAUGAUCAUUUCCUUAGGGCUUCAGAGAGUGCUCAGGAGGUCUGCAAGAUGCUCGAAGCUACUCGACUCCAUUACCAUUCCAAUUUCGCUGACAAUCGAGGGCACAUUGAUCAUUCGGCGAGGGUUAUGCGUGUCAUUACUUGGAAUAGAUCAUUUAAAGGUGUAAGCGGUGGUGGAGAAGGAGGGAAUGAUGAAUUUGAUUCGGACGAUUACGAAACUCAUGCCACUGUUCUGGACAAGUUGUUGGCAUGGGAAAAGAAACUCUAUGAUGAAGUCAAGCAAGGUGAGCUGAUGAAGCUGGAGUACAAAAGGAAGGUGGCAUUACUCAACAAGCAGAAGAAACGCGGUGCUAGUGCUGAAUCCUUGGAGAAGACUAAAGCUGCUGUGAGUCAUUUGCACACGAGAUAUAUAGUUGACAUGCAGUCCAUGGACUCCACUGUCUCCGAAGUUAAUCAUAUACGUGAUCAGCAGUUGUAUCCUAAGCUUGUUGCUCUCGUCGAAGGGAUGUCGAAAAUGUGGGGAAGCAUGACAAUCCACCAUGAUAGCCAGCUGAAGAUUGUAACAGACCUCAAAUCGCUUGAUGUAGCCCACGCCAUCCGAGAAACAACGAGGCAGCAUCAUGAACAAACCACCCAGUUAUGCGAAGUGAUUGAGAAAUGGCACGACCAAUUCAAUCAUCUCGUCACGCAUCAGAAGCAAUACAUCAGCUGUCUCAACAGCUGGCUAAAGCUGAACCUCAUCCCCAUAGAGAGCAGCUUGAAGGAGAAGAUAUCAUCGCCACCUCGAGUCCAGACCCCACCCAUCCAACCCUUACUCCACGCGUGGCACGACCACCUCGAGAAGCUCCCCGACGAGAUCUCCAAAUCCGCCAUCUCGUCGUUCGCAGCCGUGAUCAGGACCAUCAAGCUCCACCAGGAGGAAGAAAUGAAGCUGAAGGAGAAAUGCGAAGAAACACGCAAGGAGUACAUAAGAAAAAGGCAGGCGUUCGAGGAUUGGCACCAGAAGCAUGUGAUGAAGAGGGCCCCGAUGCCCUCGGAGGAUGAAAAUGGUGGUGGAGACAGAACCGGAGAUCCGGUGGCGGAGAGGCAGUUUGCUGUGGAGACCCUGCAGAAGAGGCUGGAGGAGGAAGUGGAAGCUCACCAGAGGCAUUGCCUUCAGGUGAGGGAGAAGUCGCUGGGGAGUCUGAAGAUCCGCCUUCCCGAGCUGUUUCGUGCCAUGUCGGACUACUCUCAUGCGUGUUAUGAUUCGUACGAGAGGCUGAGGUCCAUCGUUCACCGGCAGCAGAACAGUGGAGGUGGGCGCCGUGACGCAGUGUAA